AUGUGCGGCUAUGCUGCUUAUGGUCUUGAGACGAAAGAUAUGAUCACUUUUAACAUCCCACAGAACAAGAUCACCUCCUUCCUGAGGCUCUUUUAUUGCCUCGGCAUUUUCUUCACGUAUCCAGUGAUGCUGUUUCCGCUCUACCAGAUCACCGAAGCGAAGAUCCGCUGCCUCCGCGACCAGCGCUACUGCUGGCGGCGCAUCAUCUUCCGUUCCACAUUGGUGAUCAUGACUGGAGUGAUCGGCUUGCAGAUUCCGCACUUCGGCCUCUUUCUGGGGAUCAUUGGAUCCCUGGCCUGUUCCAUGUUGGCCUUCGUGCUGCCUGCCCUGCUGCACUUCCGGCGCAAAGACCGCUCGGAUGCCAGUCGAGGUGGCGACGUGAAAGACCUGUGCAUCAUUGCCUUUGGAGUCAUUGGUGGUUUGGUGUCCUUCUCCGUGACCUUGAAGGAUUUGAUCCAAGCAAUGGGAGAGCCAAGCUGA